CUGUGCGUCUGGACAAUAACUUUGUGAACGUCCUGUGUAAUUACCGCCACGGACACAAUCUAUUUAUCCAACAUCUUCUUCGUUACUAAGAUUCAUUGUACCCUUUUUUUUUUGGGUUUUUGCAAAUCACUGUAUCGAUUAAAGCGGAAAUUUUGUAGGAUUUCAGUUCAUCUACAAGUUGUUUUGCUGCUUUUUGAGCUCCAGAGGUUUUCUCCUGGUGUGCUGAAAUGAAGGGUGGCAGUGAAAGUGGAUACGGUAUACAAAUACUUCAAUCAACAUUUGGUGUUUCUCGAAUGGGUGGCUCUGCUAUGCGUCAAUCUUCGUCUAAUCUUGGUCCUGAUACCAGCAAGAGAAUCGGUGUGCCUCCUUCUCACCCAAAUAAUCCACAGAUUAUGGCCUCUCGUUCGGGUUCGCAGAAUUUGUGCCGAGGGCCUUCCCAUUCGAGGUCCUUGUCUCAAUCGGCUGUGUUUUCGCUCGAUUGCUUGCCUCCAUUGAGUCCUUUGCCUUGCGUGUCAUCUGGGUCCAAUCAAUCUCACCCUGUUUUGACUGAUAUUUUAAUGGAAGAUAAAGGUGCUGGGGAUUCUCAUGGGAUGAUAUCGAUUCCUUCUCCACUUACCAGAACUAAUGGUUUACGGGUCAAUGAGAGCUUGCCCUCUCGCAGAGGACAUAGGCGGUCAAUGAGUGAUAGUAUCCCCUUAGGAUUCUCUGCAAUGAUCCAAUCUUCCCCCCAGUUGAUGCCUAUUGGGAGAAGAGGAGCUUUGGAUCGUUCUUCUUCUAGAAGGGAAAAUUCAGGGAUGGAAAAGUCGAGCGAGUUGGUGAAGCGGGAAUUGGAGUGGAGUAGGGAUGGAAAUGACAAUGGAGAUGGGAAAUAUGAGGGAGAGGCUGUAAUUGACUUCUUAAAUGCUUGCGUGAAUGUUGAUAAUAUGGAUACAUUGAACUCGUCUGGGAUUGAGCAUAAGGAUUUGGAUAGCAUAGUAAGUGGCACAAAGACAAAUGGAGCUGAAAGCAGUGAUAAUGAAGUGGAAAGUAGAAUAAAAGAAGGGCUUAAGAGAAGUGCCGAUGGAGAUAUUGCACGGGCUUCCCGGCAUUAUAGAAGUGUUUCAAUGGAUAGCUACAUGGGAAAUUUGCAGUUUGAUGGUGAGUCUUUGAAAUUUCCUCCCCUCGGGGCUCAAAGGAGCCAGCAGUCGCCAACAAAUUUAAUGGAUGGGAAGUUGGCCAAGUUCAAUUUGGAACUUGGAAAUGCCGAAUUCACUGAAGAAGAGCUGAAAAAGAUAAUGGCAAACGAGAAACUUGCAGAGAUUGCGAUGGCUGACCCCAAACGUGCCAAAAGGAUUUUAGCCAAUCGUCUGUCAGCAGCCCGCUCCAAAGAGCGGAAAACGCGGUACAUUUCAGAAUUAGAGCACAAGGUGCAAACUUUACAGGCAGAAGCAACUACGUUGUCUGCUCAGGUUACGGCACUACAGCGAGAUUCUGCAGCUCUUACAAGCCAGAACAAUGAAUUGAAAUUCUGUCUUCAGGCAAUGGAACAGCAAGCCAAACUCAAAGAUGCUUUAAAUGAAACAUUAGUUGCAGAGGUUCAGCACCUAAGGCUUGCAGCUGCAGAGCUCAAGGGAGACACCUAUCAGCAAGUUUCCAUUGAUCAUCUUCAGCAACCCACUCAACUCAACAGAUAUCAUUUCCAGCAACAGCAGAAAGAAUUGCAACUGAGACAGCAACAUCGGCAUUAACCAUUGGCUGUUUGCUCAUUCCAAUUGCACAGUGUCUUAUCCUGAUUAGAGAUCAGCAUAGUCUAAAGUCAUAUAGAAAUUCAAAUUCCUGUAUUUCAUUAGCAUUUUUCUCUUUUUUCUUUUUGUGGGGAAUUUUUGUUGGGGGGAUAUUAUCACACCAUUAAUCUGUUCAUUGGGGUUUGUAAUUUGUAUGUUUUGCAUUUGCCAAACGCAUCCUCUCCUUUUUUU